AUGUCUCACGAACACGAAAGUUUGUUAAAAGCCUUUCAACAUCUUGUAUCAACUAGACCAAAAGAGAAGGUUCUUUUGGUCCCCAAUGGUGCAGAAUAUGAAGAAAUUAAUUUUCGUGACUUGGACCUUAUUACCAAUAAAUACGCUAACUAUUGGAAUAAACAAUUAGAGAAUGAAACCUUGGAAAAAGACUGCGUAAUUGGUUAUUUAUCACAAAGUGGUCCUGAAUACUUGUAUAACAUCUUAGCUUUAUGGAAAUUAGGCUUUACAAUCUUAUUCCUUAGCCCUCGAAAUUCAGAACCUGCUUUAGUUCAUUUACUUCAUGAAGCUAAUUCGCGUAUUCUCAUCCACGAUCCUCAAUUUUUAAAACUCUCAAAAAAUGUGCAAAGUGAAUUAAGUUCUCAACAUUCGAAGACGCUCAACAUUUUUCAACUUCCUAAUAGUUUGAAGAACGAAAAAAUCAAUGAUUCAGCUCCUGUCCUAAAAUUAAAUGAUGAUAAUCAUUACGAUAAAACUAUUGCCAUUUUUCACAGUUCCGGUUCAACCUCAUAUCCUAAAUUAGUUCCUAUAUCUAAUCGUUAUCUUUUAAAUAAGAAAACAGAAGACAAUGCUGAUGAUAUUGUCUUAGCAACCGCUCCAAUAUUUCAUGUGUAUGGAAUACUUGUUGCAACAAGAACCAUUUUAACUCCUGGUGCUUUAUAUGUAUUCCCAAUUGCCUCAGGAUCAAUUCCUUUA